AUGUUGCCAUUAUUGAGCGCACUUCUCAUAAAAGAUGAAUGGGAAAGACCACUUCCGUUCAUUCCUAUACCACUAGAUAAAAAAAGGAAGGUAGGAGAUUACUUUGAUUUUGAAUUUAUUGAAGAAUCACACCCAAUGAAAGACUUUUUCAAGAAUUUCAGAAAGAAUUACGACGAAGGAAAAGAUCUUCUUCAAUAUAUCGAAGAUAACGUUAAAAAAUCAAAGCAUUUUAAUUUCAUCAGAGGUGUUUAUUACGAAUAUGGCCUCAAAGGUGCAUACAUGAACGAGUCCAAAGCCAGAGAACUUUACACUCUUGCAGCUAAGGAAGGAAGCAAUAUGGCAAAGUGCAGAAUUGCAAUUUUGGAUAAUUCCUUAAAUUGCCCAUCAGAUUGCUGGUCAUGCCAAUUAGCAAAUUCAUUCUCACCAAUUGAUGAUAGUUUUGUUGCUGCUCUUGCUCACACAUACGAAUUAGAAUAUUCAUACAAGAAUUUCGCCAUAGAACGCUUCCCAUUAGGCAAAGUUCCAACAGAUACAAACAAGACAGAACUAAGACUUACUGCUUUCCUUGAAAUACAAGCAGAACGUGGAGAUGCCGGCGCAAAAAUCGCACAAGCCGUGAAAAAGUUAAAUGUCAAAGAUUACAAAGGCGCUAUUGCCGAUUUUGAAGAAUCAAUCAAUAUGGGCUCAACAGCUGCUUACGGAUUGCUCGGAAGAUUAUAUAAAUACAAAGAUCCUGCAAAAUCCUUGAAAUACUAUCAAAAAGGUAUCGAAUCCGGUGAUGUAUAUUCAAUAACAGAUAUGGCAUUGCACACACUCCGUAAUAAUCCUUCAAGUCAUUUUGCUCCCGAUUUAUUGAAACUUUUACAGAAAGCUGUGGAAGCCAAAUCUCCUAAAGCUAUUGGAGAAUACGGAUACAGCAUGUACAAACGUGAAAAAGGCUUCUCUGGCACUAAAGAAGAAGCAAUUCGUUAUAUAGAUGAUGCAAUCAAACUUGGAUAUGCUCCAGCUAUUUAUUACAAGGCACAAACUAAUGUGCCAACAGCAGAAAAAGAAUAUCUUAAGACUUUGAUGAUAAGAAAAUCAUAUUUAGCUGAUGCCAUUAAUACAGCUUACGUAGCAGCCAGCCAUCAAGAUUACCAGUAUGCAGCAUUGAUAUAUAUGAGAUAUAGAAACGCUCAUUCGCCAGAAAUUAAUUAUAAUUUCCAAAUUCUCAAAACAUACGAUAAGACAAUUACUGGAAAUAUAGAAACAGAGUUUGAUAAGUUCAAAGAGUCAUUAACAGAUUAUUUCAAAGCGAAAGCACUUAUUGAUAGGAAUAUUAAACCAGGAUUCGGUAGAAUCGUGUUCCAUUUGUACCUUCUUACUUACCAUCCAAAGCUUAUGUUCAAGUACCUCAUUCUUCCUGGUAUUUUCACAAUUUUAUUCAUUGUUCUUAUUAUCCUUACUUUCUGCAGAAUCAAAAAGACCCAGAAGAAGAUGAAGAAGGAAUAA